AUGCGCUCCCAAUUCGUCCUCGCCUUUGGCCUAUUGGCCCUUGCUGCGACUGCCUACGGCCAAGGAACAGCUCCAGCCACACCAGCAGCUCCAGCCACUCCACCAGCUCCAGCCACACCAGCAGCUCCAGCCACACCAUCAGCUCCAGCCACACCAUCGACUCCACCAACCGCACCAUCGACUCCACCAACCGCACCAUCGACUCCGCCAACCACACCACCGGCUUCUCCAGCCACACCAACCUCGCCCACUUCGCCCACCCCUGCAAGCCCCUCGCCCACUUCGCCCACCCCUGCAAGCCCCUCGCCGACGUCACCAACGAGUCCGACCUCGCCAAGUAGCCCUUCCACGCCGCCCUCUUCCCCCACUCCCAGUAACAGUAGCUCCACCACCAACGAGGAUACGAUCAGGUUGAGGCGCCAGGUUCGCAGGCUUGACAGGCAGGUGAGGAGAUUGAGGCGUCAGGAGCGCGAGGACCGCAGAGAGAUUCGCCAGAUUGGGUGCCAAUCAGGACGUGGUCAAAGGCGACCAAUCCAGCGCAGGACUCGACAACGCCGGGGUCGAUUCUAUGGAUAUUAA